AGAAACACUGACUUUCAUCCACUGGAUUUGAGCAACCACACUAUUUUUGCUCCAUAUGAGGAAGAAAAUCUUGAAAGCACCUUGUCUCCUCUUGAGUCUGUUCACAAGUUUGAAUCUCUGCUCUGGAAAAUUCGGCACGCCGAUAACUGAUGAUGUGAGCAAGCUGGAGUUACUGAAGCAGAAUAUCCCGUCCGAUUAUGAAAUUCCUGUUAGUUACAUUCCCAAAGAAGUGGCUGGCACGUGCUGGGUGGUGUUAAACAUCUAUCCUCUAGAGCAAAGUCUUCGGAAGCUGGCCGGCAUGUUCGGGGCCAUCUCCUCCAACAAGGAAAACAUCAUCGUCUUCAUCGCGAUGCUGAAGAGUCUACGCUUCACCUUCGACCACGAGGAGCUGGAAACCACCAUGCAGGUAUUCCAGUGUCACUACAGGGAAGGGAGCUUGAUGUCUGGACUUUACUUCGACUACAUCAAAGACAUUUUACAAGCCGCGGCUCCGGGGACAUCCGGCUUCUCCUGCAAGCCACCGCCACCGUGUCUCAAUCCACAACACCCACCAGGGGGGAAGGAAGACGCACGUAAAUACAGCUGGUCCAAGAGAACGCCCAUGCUCCUGGCUCUCAUCCCCUUCAUAGCCUGCGUGGUUCUCAUAGUGUGGCAGGUCAAGUCUCGAAGGCGCUUACCAAUGUGCAACACCGAAAAUAACCCGACGCCAUCUUCUGACACGGUCCCCAGUGUGUCUGUCUCCAUCCCACUUCAAACACUCACCCACGCUGCCGACACUCAGCCAGCGGGGGAGGCGAUGCCCGAGCAUGAGAGUGGAUGA